AUGAUUAGAAUAAAGGCUUCUAAGAUCAAUGAUGUAAUAUUUAGAGACUUUCCACUUAUUGUAUCCAGAAGUCAUUUUGCUAAUAGAAUUUUACAUAUAUUGUUAGAUACAACACUAUCAAGUCACAUGAGAUUGUUAACUAAAGUACUGACAAGAAAGCCAAAGGUUAUUCAAAAUAUAGCCAAUAAUGGAGUGCAUAUAAGGAGAUUGAAGGGACUUGCUUAUAUGAGUAAUGAAGCCAAAGAAUUAUUAAAAAAAUAUAUUUGUGAUAAUUAACUCAUGAUCUUAAAAAUUAGAUAGCUCUUUUCUACAAUAGCAGAGCCAGUCUCAGGAGGUAAAUAAUGGAUGAAGUUCUUUCAAAAUUCAACUGGGAUACAAAUAAACAUUGAAAGGAGUUUGAAAAAUGAAGCUUCUGAAAAUCUCAAUUACUAUGUUCGUUAAAAUUACAAGACUUUUAAUUAGGAAUAGUUGUUUUCAGCAUACAUUAAAAAGGAUUUGCAGUACGAAAUUUAAAAAUAAGUGUAAAUGGAAAUCUUAGAACGAUUUGCAGCAGAUCAAAUGAAUUUUAAUGAGAAUAUGCUGAUCACAUUUUUGAACAAGGAAGCUCAGAUGUUACCAGCCUAUUAUUCAGUAAUAGCAUAAAACCUCCUUUUAAAUGGUCUGAAGAUCUUUGAUUAGCUUAGUAUUUAUUAAUAGAUAGAAUAUAUGAGAUUAUGUUUGUAAUCUGGGUUUUUGCAUGGAGACAUUCUUUAGAAAUUCAUCAAAAAUCUAAAGAUAGAUGAUGAAUUCAUAGAAUCCUUAUCAUUGCUUUAAUUCAAAAACAUAAUGACAUUAUUUACACAUUGUGCUAAAUCUCCAUAUGAUUUUGGAUUGUAACCAGGAUUCAUAGAUUACCUGUGUAAUAAAUAUAUCCAAAAACUAAGUAAUUUUGAAUUGGUAGCAUCCGAAAUUAUGAAAUAUGAGUUUUCUCAACUCAUGAUAAAUUAUCAUUUUAGUUUUUUGAGUGAUGAAUAAUUUUCAGAAAUUAAGAUUGCCUAUGCAAGAAUACUUGAGAGAAUGUUCAAUAAGAAUUAUAAUUUUAUAGUCCAAAGAAAUUUGAAUACUAAGGAUAUUGUUCAGAAAUUAUUGUAACUUUAUCAACCUGAGGAUUUUAAAUUAUUACAAAUAUCCCUUACUCAUUUGAUUACCAAUACAAUUAACUUAGGAGAAUUAAAAGCUGACCAUAUGAUUUAUUCAUUGCCAUUGUAUUUUAGGUAUUUUAGUCCAUAACUGUACUCCUUAUUAUUAAAAUAAUGCCAGAAAUAGAAUUAAAAUUACAAAAUAUCGAAGUAUGACAUAAGGCAGUUUAUGUUCUUGUUGAAUAACAAUGUUCUUAAAGGGUUUCGCACCAUAAUGGAAGAUAAAUCUCCACUUGAUGAUGUUGAAAAUUAUAUGAAAAGCAGCUUCUCUUAAUACCUCAGCAAUAUUAAAGAUGAAGAACUGAUGAUUUUUGAGGAUACUUUCAAUCCAAGUAUGGAGUAAGAUACAGAACUUGAUUUUAAUGAUAGCGAAUAUGCUGAAAUCCUACCAUAUUAUCUAAAUAAUUACAAAACUUAAGAAACAUAAAAUCAAAUCAAUCAAAGGCAAUUUUUAAACAAUUUAACUCUAAAAUUCAAAUCCUUACAAAAAAGUUUAUAGUAGAGUGGAUUUCAAAGAAUCUCAAUUUAAAAAACAAAUAAAAGAGUUUCAAUUAUAGAGCCAGUUCUAAGUUACAUUGAAGUAUUAUAUUAUGCAUCAAUUUUAAUUCCUGAAUUCUAACCAUAGACAAAAAUAUUUAAAACUCCUUAGAUGUUUAAAUUAAUGAAUAAUCUUAUUAAUUUACCAAAUCUAUUAGAGCAUUUGUUUUAAGUGAAGCAAACAUGGCCUAAUUUAUUUAAUGAAGAAUUAAAAUCAAUAAUAACUACCAAUAAGGCAAAAAUAGAUGAGAUCUACAAUACUUGUUAAGAUUGUUAAGAAUUCAUUGAUAAAGUUGAAGGAAAAAUAGACUUAACUGAAUCGCACAAAUCUAGAAAGUUAUUAUAUACUAACAAAGCCUAUCAAGGAUUGUUGCAGUUAUUCAAUUUUGCUCGUCCAAAACCUCACAACAAAUUAUCUCCAAUUUUAAAAAACCCAUAUGAAGAGUACACAAUAGAAGAGACAUAUUCAGAUUAAGAAGUCAAUCUGUAUUGGAAACUAUCACAAAGGAGUGAUAAUUUAAUUUAGCAUACUCAUUUCAAAGAACUAGUGUGGUAGGCAAUUAAGCUUGAUAAGAAUAAAUGGAUUAUGAAUUAUAGUGACUUUCCUCAUCUGGUCGAUUUUGCCUGUCCGAAAUAGAAGGUUGUCGUCUUAUUGGAAGAGUACCCUCGUUUAAUUAGAGGGUUGCAUAAAGUGUACACUGUGGAGACGGAAAGGGCAGUGGAGCAUUUCUCUAGACUCGGAUACCAAGUUGUGUUUAUAGAUUAUAAUGUGUAUCAUCCAGAUACCGAGUAGAUGUUGAACAUUUUGAAAUAAAAGUUUGUAUUUCGUUAUAAUUGA